AUGACUUGCCUAGCGUCCGGCUCGGGCUCUGUCGCGGCUCAGCUGCCCUCGCCCGCCGUGCUCCAGACAUGGGUGCACCGCCCGCAGGCGAUCGCAAAAUGCACCGUCUCGGACGUGUACGUCCUCCAGGCGCUGGUGCCGCGCGAGAAGGAGACUGCCAAUCGAGAUAUCUUCCUGCUGAAUCAGUUCCCAUGCAAGAUGGUGGAGCUUGUAGGCUGGGUCGCCGGGGUAGAUGAUAAGGAGUCAUCGCUGACGAUCUUGCUGGAUGACGGUGAUGGGAAUGCCGUCUUGCCGGUACGGUAUCAGCUGCCUCGGGUCGUCAAGCCCGUGUCGCCCAAGAAGCCCGUCAAGGUCUGGGAUCGAUCGACGUUCGUCUCGGCCAAAGACCGGAAAGCGGAAUUGGCAGCGGAGGCGGACAAGGAGGUUGACGCGUCAUUCGCCAAGCGCCCGCCGGCGCAGCUGUACCAGACGCGAGAUAUCAGAGUGGGGGAUAUCGUCAGGGUGGUGGGGAAGGUGGAUGAGUACGCGAGGAGGAAGCCAACAGGGCUGGAGUGGGUACGAGGGGUUACGGUGGAGGAGGGCGCUGGGGGCAGAGUCGAGGUGGUUGAUGCGGACCAGCAAUAUCUGCAUCUCACCGAGGUCAUAGACCUUCACAAUACGGUCUAUUGCCAACCCUUCGUCAUCCCAUCCAUCCCGGUCGCUCAGACACAACCACUCGUCGAGUCUACACAUGACAUGUCGCUCGGAUACUCGUUCAGCUCUGAUAUGGACACGCAGAGCGAGAUGCCGAGCGAGAUCACCGUGGACGAUGACAACGCUCUUCCUGAUAUCCGUAAACUCCGCUCUACCCAACUGAACGACAAUACAUUCCGGCGGUACCUUCUCGACCAUAUGACGGAGGAAGUCCGCUCAGCCGCCCUCAACGCGGAUAUUGCCGGACCCGCCACCGUCGACCGAGCCCUCCAGCAUCUCUUUCCCGAGUAUAAGCCCGACUCGACCGGCAAAGGCAAGGGUCGAAGCGUCCUAUCGGCCUCCUUCUCCCCCAAUAUCCAAGCAGACCCAUACGGUACACCCCGCGCCAUGUCGUACAAACCCGACCGACCCUCCACUCCGCUCAUCCAGUAUCCCGUAUACACCAUCUCAUGCCUCCUCGAUACGCCUCAUCUUGCGGAACUUGCGGGCAUGAUCAUCGAUGCUGAAUCAAAGAAGGAGGAGCGGCGUCGGCGGAAGCGGGUCUUGAAUGGGGAGGCGACAGAGAAGGAUCUGGCGUUAGAGCGAGAAGGCAGUCAGCGGGCGAGUGGGAAGGUCGCGUGGAGGUUGACUGGGGAGAAGAGGCGGAAGGCGAUGGAACGGAUGGUCAGUUGGGCAUUGAGGGCGAUCUCGGAGGAAGGGAGUUGUGUCCACGUCCACUUGGACGUCGGGCAGAUCGACUAUGACUAUCAUCGGACACCCACUGCAUCGAUAACGGCAUCGGCCAUGGUGGAGUCGACGGCGUACACGCCCCUCCCACCGCCCUUUAUCCUACCGGUCAUACUGUGGCAUCUACAGGUGGAGCAGGAGGCGCGCAGGAAUAUCUUUUACAAAAAGACGGAUCCGAGGUGGAAGAGUGGCAUGACGAUUGAGGAGCUGGUGUAUAGGAUGAGGCAGUGGGGGGAGGAAGGGCGAUGGGAGCGGCUGGGAGAGUGGAGGGUCGAGGAAGGGGUGCAGUGGGGAUUGAUCAGGGGUCUGAUUAGGCAGGAAGGGAGAGGGUAUUGGGCGGUGCAUAAGGAGGUUGCGGGAUGGGGUGGAUGA